AAGAUAUUUUUGUAUGCAAGUUUGAAGGUUGUGUGUCUCUCUCUGUCUUGUGGCGUCUCCAAAUACAUAGAAACCAGAAUUAGGGUUUCUCCAUCUUCUCCUUCAAUAUUCCUUCCUUCCUUCCAAUUCAGGGUUUUAAUAACUCUUUCAAGUUUCAACAAUACAGAUACAGGGGCUGAUUGUUAUAAAAGAGGAUUUCUGUUUCUAUCGAGGGUUUUUGUUUAAGCAACUAAGGACAAGAGAGAGAAAUAAGGGCUUUUCUUUUGGUGUUUUGUGGUUUGUUUGUGAUUGACUAUGCGAGCUUCAUGGGCUGAUUUGGCUGCAAAUUCUGCAGCUGAGGUUGCUGGUUCUGGUACUUCAGCCAACAAUGCCGGGGCUAGUAACAGUUUACCUCCAUCCCGGUCUACUUACGUGCCUCCGCAUCUGAGGAACCGGCCGCCUUUGGCUGAAUCACCUGCUCCUCCGUAUAGUGGCAGUACAACUUCUGGUUCUGGGGCUGGUGCAGUUAAUUCUGGAUCACGUUGGGGUGCACCUCGUGGCGAUUACCGUUCAGGGGGGAACAAAAGUGGAUGGGGGAGCAGAAGUGGGGGUUGGGAUCGUGGGAGGGACCGUGAGGUCAAUCCGUUUGGAGAUCAGGAUGACACAGAGCAGGAAUUUGGUGAGCAAGAGAACACGGGGAUAAAUUUUGAUGCCUACGAGGACAUUCCGGUGGAGACUAGCGGGGAUAAUGUGCCACCGCCUGUGAAUACAUUUGCUGAGAUUGACUUGGGUGAAGCGCUUAAUCGUAAUAUAAUGAGGUGCAAAUAUGUUAAGCCGACGCCUGUUCAGCGGCAUGCCAUACCAAUUUCCCUUGCUGGAAGGGAUUUGAUGGCCUGUGCUCAGACUGGUUCUGGAAAGACAGCUGCUUUCUGUUUCCCAAUUAUCAGUGGAAUUUUGAGGGGACAACCUAUGCAAAGGCCACCUCGUGGUGUGCGUACUGUGUAUCCACUUGCCCUUGUUCUCUCACCAACUAGGGAGCUAUCAAUGCAAAUACAUGACGAGGCUAGGAAGUUUGCAUAUCAAACAGGCGUUAAGGUGGUGGUUGCUUAUGGUGGAGCUCCAAUAAACCAUCAGCUAAGAGAGCUUGAGAAGGGGGUGGACAUUCUUGUUGCAACUCCUGGAAGACUGGUAGAUUUGCUGGAGAGAGCUAGAGUUUCACUUCAGAUGAUAAGAUAUCUUGCCCUAGAUGAGGCAGAUAGGAUGCUGGAUAUGGGUUUUGAGCCGCAAAUAAGGAAGAUUGUCGAACAAAUGGAUAUGCCUCCUCCAGGUGUAAGACAGACUAUGCUAUUCAGUGCCACGUUUCCUAAAGAGAUACAGAGACUAGCCUCGGAUUUCCUGUCAAAAUACAUUUUUCUUGCUGUUGGAAGAGUUGGGUCAAGUACCGAUUUAAUUGUCCAAAGAGUUGAGUAUGUUCAGGAGUCUGACAAGAGAAGUCAUCUCAUGGAUCUUCUUCAUGCACAGAGAGCAAAUGGUGUGCAAGGAAAGCAAGCUUUGACAUUAGUUUUUGUGGAGACAAAGAAGGGAGCUGAUGCACUGGAACAUUGGCUGUGUAUGAAUGGUUUUCCAGCUACUACCAUUCAUGGAGACCGGACUCAACAGGAAAGAGAAAUGGCAUUAAGGUCAUUUAAAAGUGGCAACACGCCCAUAUUGGUUGCCACUGAUGUGGCUGCACGUGGUCUUGAUAUUCCUCAUGUCGCCCAUGUUGUUAACUUUGACCUUCCCAAUGAUAUUGAUGACUAUGUACACCGUAUCGGAAGGACGGGACGUGCUGGAAAGAAAGGCCUCGCAACUGCGUUCUUUAAUGACAACAAUGCCUCCCUUGCAAGGUCUUUGGCAGAACUAAUGCAGGAAGCAAAUCAAGAAGUGCCAGCAUGGCUCUCACGGUAUGCUGCUCGAUCUUCAUUUGGAGGUAGGAACCGUCGUUCGGGAGGAGGGCGUUUUGGUGGCCGAGACUUUCGAAGAGAAGGUUCUUUCAACAGGGGUGGUUCUGAUUAUUACAAUGCCGGAAACAGCAGUGGUGGAUAUGGGGCGUCGGGUGGAUAUGGUCCCGGUGGAACCAGUGCAUGGGAUUAACUUCCACCACCACCCAAAGCAUUAUACAUAGAGAUUAGGUGCGGAUGUACACCCAUAGGAUGAUUUUUCUACCCCUCUUCCCCUUUUCCUUUCUUCUCAAUUCUUCUUUCAAAUUUAUUGUUGCCCUUGUAGUAUCCUAAGCCAGCAUCAUUUUGAACUGUUAUGCUAAUUAUUGAAGGAGACGGUGGUGUAGUGGUAUUGUUACCACAUCAAUAGAGGUUGUAAUGUUGUAUAAUGUUGGUUGGUGUUGGAAAUGGUGGUUACUAACAUUAGGAGUUAUUUUUACAACCUUUCAACGUGGGCAGUAAUUUUGUUGGGGACUGGUUGUAGAUUAUGCAGUGGGGAGAUGUUUACAUUCCCUUGUUAAAUUUCUACAGAUUAUGUUUGCCAUUUUAACAUUGCCUAAUCAGCUGAGCUAAGAUUUUGUACUAUUGGUAGUGAAUGAAAUUAGAGGAAGUUUUCUUGCUAAA